AUGUCCACUGAAAUUGAUUUUCCCCGUGGCGGCUCAACAAAGCUACAAUCGUCUUUGCAAACUGAUUUGAAAAAGGCUAAUAAGGAAAAACGAUGUCUGAAACGAAAUUCUUCAAAUAUUCAAGAUCUUUCAAAGGUUAAUAAAUUUUUAGUUAAAAUUGACGAAUUUCAUUUUAAGUGUCUCAUUGAUAAUGACAACGAGGAAUAUGCUACCGCAUUUCGUCAAAAUAUGUCUGUUGAAUUACUCGCUCAAAACAUGAGAGGAUUGGCUUUUGUCAAAUUUAUAGGAGAUAUUGAAGUUAUUUUGGAAUGUGUUGAUGGAAUUAGAUUGGUAUUGCCAGCUGAUAAAAUUAGCAGAAUAUUUAAUAAUCAAAUGUCUACUACAAAAGCAAAUUUAAAUAAUAUUUUUCAUAAAGGUCAAGCUUUUGCUUUCAUUGUUGUCAAUGAGAAAUCAGGAAAUAAGCCCAAUUCAAAUUGUAUUGUUUCAAUAUGUCCAUAUGAGAUAAAUAACUAUUUAAUUCCCUCCUCACUUCUUCAAAAUACGGUUUUAAAUGGAAUUGUUUCCAGCAUUGAAGAAAAAGGAUUUGUUCAGGCUGAGCAUUUACCUCCAUACCUUCAAUUAGAUAAAUUAUUCAUUGGUCAAGUUGCAUUAUUUUCUGUUAGGGAAAGACCAAAUAAAGAAACUCGUGUGAUUAAAUUGACUGGUUUUGUUGGACUUGAUGUUUUGGAUGGAAGUGAUGAUUUUGAUCAAAAACAACUUAUGCCUGGUACAAUUAUACAGGUCACACCAGAGAAAAAUGUUCUAAAUGGACUCUUUGCUAGUCAAAAAGUAUAUAUCCGAAAGGUUCACUUACCUCCUCGACUUCGAUUGGAUGCUCCUCAAGUAUUGAAGCCAUUUCGUGCUUGUGUUGUAUGCGUUCAACCAAAUUCCUCUGUUCUUGUUCUCAAUGCUCAUCCUGAUAUUAUUGCCUUGUCUAAAUUGGAAAAGCGACUUCUCCCUGAAAAUAUUAAAGUUGGUUCAUCAAAUACUGGAAUCGUAUAUUAUAGAGACAAGAUGCAAAACUUGUAUUUUAAUCUAGUGGAGGAUGGCGAUGCGAGUCAAAAUUUGAUUACUGCCAAAUGUUUGAGAAUUAAUAUUGAAAAUUUUGAAGAUGACAAAUAUAAAAUUGGAUCUGAACAUAAAUUUCGUAUUAUUGCAUAUUCUCCAAUGGAACGACUUUUGAAUGUUUCAAUGAAAAAGUCAGAUAUGAAACAAACUGUGUUUUCUAUAGAAAAUGUGAUUCCUUGUGCCGUUCUUAACGGAACUAUUAAAUCUGUUAGAGAUACUGGAAUUAUUGUCGAAUUUGGAGAUGGAUUUACUGGAUUUGUAUGUGCAAUGCACGUUUUUGACAAGCCUGUGGAUAAAUGGCAAAGCAGGUUUAAAAAAGGCCAAAAGUUGCGUUGUCGUGUUUUAUUUAUUGAUUCGGCCUCUAACAGAAUUAUGCUUACCUCAAAGUCAUCAUUGGUAAAAAAGCCUGGAAAUGAAAAGUUUAUUACUUCUUUUGACAAGAAUCUGGAAGGUGCAGUUUCAACGGGAGUUAUUAUUAAGCAUCUGGAAGGCGGUUCAUUAUUAAUUGCUUUUUUCAACAGAAUAACUGGUAUGGGUAAUAAGUAUGCUUUUAAAUUUUAA